GGGGAAGGCGAGGGAGCCCCGCGCAGCGGCGCGGCGUCGGGCCCGCCAUGGCCGGGGUCAGCUACGCGGCGCCCUGGUGGGUGAGCCUCCUGCACCGGCUGCCCCACUUCGACCUGCGGUGGGAGGCCACCAGCAGCCAGUUCCGGCCCGAAGACGCCGACUACCAGCAGGCACUGUUGCUGGUAGGAGCCGUGGCCCUGGCCUGCCUCGCCCUGGACCUCCUCUUCCUUCUCUUCUACUCCUUCUGGCUGUGCUGCCGGCGGCGCAAGAGCGACGAGCACCUGGACGCGGACUGCUGCUGCACCGCCUGGUGUGUCAUCAUUGCCACGCUAGUCUGCAGCGCUGGCAUCGCAGUGGGAUUUUACGGUAAUGGUGAGACCAGUGAUGGCGUCCACCGGGCCACCUACUCGCUCCGACACGCCAACCGCACUGUGUCAGGGGUCGAGGACCGCGUGUGGGACACUGUGGCAGCCCUGAACCGCACGGCAGAGCCCAGCCUGCAGAGCCUGGCACGGCAAAUGGCCGGGAGGCCUGAACCCCUGAGAGCUGUGCAGCGGCUGCAGGGCUUGCUGGAGACGCUGCAGGGCUACACAGCGGCCAUUCCCUUUUGGAGGAACCCCGGCGUGUCGCUGGAGGCUCUGGCCGAGCAGGUGGAUCUCUACGACUGGUACAGGUGGCUGGGCUACCUGGGCCUGCUGUUGCUCGAUGUGAUCAUCUGCCUCCUGGUGCUGGUGGGCCUCAUCCGAAGCUCCAAGGGCAUUCUGGUCGGGGUCUGCUUGCUGGGGGUCCUGGCCCUGGUCAUCAGCUGGGGUGCACUGGGCUUGGAGCUGGCUGUGUCUGUGGGCUCCAGUGACUUCUGCGUGAGCCCUGACACCUACGUGACCAAGGUGGUGGACGAGUACACUGUGCUGAGUGGGGACAUCCUGCAGUACUACCUGGCCUGCUCACCCCGUGCCGCCAACCCCUUCCAGCAGAAGCUGUCGGGUAGCCACAAGGCGCUGGUGGAGAUGCAGGACAUUGUUGCCGAGCUGCUGAAGAGUGUCACUCGGGAAAACCCAGCCUCCAAGGACCACCUGCUCCGAGUCCAGGAGGUGCUGAACGGCACAGAAGUGAACCUCCAGCACCUCACAGCCCUGGUGGACUGCCGCAGCCUGCACCUGGACUACGUGCAGGCGCUGAUGGGCUUCUGCUACGACGGCGUGGAGGGCCUCAUCUACCUGGCUCUCUUCUCCUUCGUCACGGCUCUCAUGUUCAGCUCCAUCGUCUGCAGCAUUCCCCACACCUGGCAGCAGAAGAGGGGCCCUGAGGAAGACGGGGAGGAGGAGGCGGCCCCGGGGCAGCGGCAGGCACAGGACAGCCUGUACCGCGUCCACAUGCCCAGCCUCUACAGCUGUGGGAGCAGCUACGGCAGCGAGGCCAGCAUCCCAGCCGCUGCGCACACGGUCAGCAACGCCCCGGUCACCGAGUACAUGAGCCAGAAUGCCAAUUUCCAGAAUCCCCGCUGUGAGAACACCCCUCUCAUUGGGCGCGAGUCCCCACCGCCCUCAUACACGUCCAGCAUGAGAGCCAAAUACCUCGCCACGAGCCAGCCUCGCCCCGACUCCAGCAGCAGUGCGCACUAGACGCCCGACGCCCGCCUCGCGCCACCUGCCCCGUGCCACCCACCCACCCCUCCUGAGCCAGCACUGCUGCCACCGAGGCCGCCGGAGCCCGCCCCUCCCCCCUCUCCCUGCAGGGCGCUCUGGACCCCCAUCCCUGCCUGGGUCACAAGAUAGACGCUGCCACCAUGCCCUGGCCCUGCCUGGCCUUCUCCCGUGUCCUUCCACUCUCUUGGACUUACUGAGCCCCGCUCUGUGCCAGGUGCUUCUGUGCUCAUGUGCGCCUUCUGCAGGUGGCCCUCCAGACUCCGCAUCACAGCCCUGGCCUCUCCUGCCCGCUCUGCCACCCCCCCCCCGCGGCUCUUGGACUCCCCUGAUGGCACUGGCACCUGCGCUGACCCUGUAUCCCUGGGGUCACAUCUUCAUUCACAGGAAACCCCUGCCUGGCAUUGCUGGCAACCGAGGGACAGGCCCACACCCUCCCACUCGUCUGCCCCAAUGCGCGCGUCUUUCUGCAGCAUCCAGCGCCUGCCUGACCACGUCCAGCCGCGCUCAGUCCUGGCUUUGCUUCUCCCUCCAGCUCCCAAGCCUCCAGAGAGGCCCCCUCUCCGCCCCGCCCCGCCCCCCCCCGCUGGCCCAGCACUGCCAGGACAGCAGAUGCACUUGCCCAGUGCAGCUCCCUCACUGGCCUUCCAGUGCUGGCUGCCCUCUUGGUGCCAAAUCCCUUCCCCCUCCCAAAGACUUGGCAGCUUCGUCGGGUUCGUUUUUUGCACUAACCAUGUUCAUCAUCUCUAGUGCAGGCGGGCGAGGGCUGAGCUGGACGCCGCCCCUCCCCCUCCUCCGUCCCAUUUCCACCCAGGACAGGUGCCGUGUCCCUGGAGCCCAGCCUGGGGAUGGGAUCCAAACAGUCUGUGAAAGCGCCCCCAGCCCCUGAAGCCCGUCUGGGGACUAACCACUAACCUCACUCCCAGCCUCCACCAGCCCGCUGGGCACGAGAGCCCGCGAGUUUGACCCUGCGUCCGGCCCGGAGCCUGCAUCCAGCCCUGCGGCUGGGAACCUGGGUGGAAGGGGCUCUUUCCUCAAGGGGUGCUGUUGGGAGGGACUGCAGGCCUACAGGCUGUCCGGAGGGCCUGGAGACCCCUCCCUCCCUGGGCAGAUGCAGCCUCAGGCACCCUUCCUGUGAAGCGGGGGACAGGCUCCCCUAAGGUGCUUUUGGUGUCAGUGUACAAUGUUUGCUGUGCUUCCUGCCAUGGUGGCUGCGAGCCACAAGUCACCACGUGGACGGAGCCCUGGCCAGCCAGGACGGCGAGGCCAGGGCCAGGUGUGUCCAGUGGGCCACAGGGACCCUGUGGCAGGAGGCAGUUUACAGACAGACCUGUUGCUCCCUCCUGGAGUAGCAGAGCAGGGCAGCGGCGCAGCCGCAGGACCGGCCUCACCCCUCCCUGGGCUGAGACUGCCCUGCUCUGCCUUCCAAACCCUUCUCUGCUGGUGUCGGACCAAAAAGGGGGUGGGCAGGGGCGUGGGGACUGGGCGUCAGCCCUGAGCCUUAGGGGAGCACCCCGAGUUCCUGGCCUCACUCCAGGAACCAGGCAUUCCUCGGAGCUCUGCCUGCCGAGGGCACGUUCCUGGCCAAGGCUGUGCCCGCCUGGGUGCCCGCCUCAGCAGCACCGAAGCACACGCUGCCCACAGUUGAAUGCACAUAGCACGAGAGGCCGGUGCUGCCCAGACAUCGUGUGCCCACAUGCCCGGCCAUGAGCUUCCUCAGGGAGGCUCGCCAGGGGAGAGGGCCAAGUGAAGGGGUUCGUACUCCACUGCCCAUGGAGGGGAGCCACUUUGCCCCCUGGUCUCCUUUUCUGAGUUUUGGGAACCAUUUGCCUCCCUUCCCAGUGACCUUCCCUCAGGCAGCAGGUUGGGGCCAGCUGCCCCGUGAUGGGACCCUGCCCUGAGACCCCAGAGACCUGAUGGCUGGGGACAGGGAGGCCAAGCGCACUCAGCCAUCAGGUGGUGCCCCGCCCAGCAGGGCAGGCUCUUGGGUGCUCUGCAGGGGUCCAUUUCCCCAGGUUUAGGCGGGGCAAGGUUUAGGAAGUGGAGGGUCUGGUUGGGGUGUCAGCCUUGAACCCCCUUUUCCUGGUGACUUCCAUCCACCUCACUAUGCAACCCCCUCCCCAAACCUGCCCAGCCCAGCCAGGAGGACCAGAUGACCAGGGCCCUCUGUGGGCAUUUUUGUGUUUAACCAUAAUGGUUGUGUGCCAUGCCCGUCUAUGUGUUAUACAUACGGAUUCAUUCAGACUGGCCUCCCCGCCCCCUCCACCCUGCAUCUUAACUACGUGUGAACUAACACCGGAGCGCCGGUCCCGCGUGCCCCUCCAGCCUCCGCAGGGCCUUGGCUGUGUCCUGUCGCCGUGUUUUUGUUUUGUAAGACUGGGGAGGGGGGUGGAUUUUAUUUCUUGGGGGGACUUUAUUUUUCUUGGCAAAUACUAAAAAAGAAAAAAAAAUCUUGUCCAUGUAAUUUCUGUGGUUUCUAUUCAGCUUGGGUUUCAUGUUUUAAA